AUGGCUCAUUCACCAACACACUCGCCGAUUCCUUCACCAACUUAUCCAACCCAAUCAGCUCAAAGAGGACGACAACCUCCUCCAAAUUAUACCAGAUCUAAUUUAAAUGACCCUUCCAAAAUCUCACCCAAUCAACCUCAUCUACAAUAUAGAGGUGGAAAUUAUUACAAUGACAUUCCUAAUGCUAAUAACGCUAAUAGAGCCAGAAGUGUUAGUCCAAAUCCUUCACCACGUAAAUCAAAAGUUUACGAUAGCGAUGACGAUGUUUCAAACGAAACAUUUGUAGUUUACGGUACAGAGUUACCAGACAUUUCUAGUGAACAGGAUAAUGGAAAAUUUGUACCAGUAUGGAAACAAGAGGUUCGUGAUGAAAAUGGUAUCAGGCGAUUGCAUGGUGCUUUUAAAGGUGGAUGGUCAGCUGGUUAUUAUAAUACAGUAGGCUCUAAAGAAGGUUGGUCACCCUCUUCUUUUGUUUCUUCCCGAAAAAAAAGAACAGAUUUUAAAACCUAUAAACCGGAGGAUUUUAUGGAUGAAGAGGAUUUGGAGGAGCUUGCUCAAGAGAAAAAAUUGGUUACAACUGAAGAAUUUGAUUAUUUUGGUUCUACAGAAAGAGAAUUAGAAAAAAAGAAUGCUAUGAGAAAAUCGAUGGAAGCUGGCGGAAGUGUAUUAGGAACGCUUACAGACAAAUUUAUUGCAGAUCUAAUAGAACCUAGUAAAGAUCCUAUAGGUUUACGUCUAUUGAAAGCUAUGGGCUGGCGAGAGGAACAGGAUGUAGAACCUCAUAUUAUGAAUAAUAAUGAUAAAGAUCAUAGUAAUAAAGAUCAUGGUGGUAUUGGUUUUGGUGUUUCAGAUGAUGAAGAAGAUGAAAUAUAUAUUAAUGGUGAAACAUCCAUGUCAAAUUUUCAUACUUCUAUGAUGGAUGAUUAUGAAGAUAUUUUGAUUUUAGGCGGAAAAGAACACUCAAAGUCAACACCCAAAAGUAAACCAAAUACAAAUUCUUAUAAGUCUGCUGCUCCAAACAAAAGUGUAUGUCAUGAUGGAAGUUUACCAUUACCUGGAUUUGUUCUAGCUUCUCGUCCUAUUCCUCUAGAUGAAUGGUAUUCGCCACCAACUUUGCCGCCGGAUUUUGUUUCUGUACAUAAAUUUGAUUCAAGUACUGAAAAGGUUUUAAAUCCUGUUGGUUCAAAAACGCAAAAUUCCAAAAACCAGAAACAAUCAACUUUGGCCUUAAUUGCUGAACAGCGUGGCGAAUUAUUAGGCGAAACACCAUUAAAAGCUCCAGCACGAUCUGUAUUUGAUUAUAUAUCAAGAAAAGAUAAAGAAAAAUUGGAUAAUAUAAUCAGUUACAGAUUUGAUACAGUCGGAGAGUCGCCUAAGGAUCAAAAUGAUAAAGUUCAAAUUCCCAAAAUAGGAAAGGAUAUUGCUAUGGCUGCUUUAAAAGGAUUUAUACCAUUUUCAGAUAAUAAAAAUAAACAAAUGAGAUAUAAACAAUUUCUGGAAGCGCAGGCAGAGAUCAUUUCAGAAGAAUUAAUCAGGCAGCCUGAAGGGAUGACUUCCGAAGAGUAUGCCAAAGAACUUGAUGAAUUUUCGCAAGCUACGAGAAUUUUUCGUCCGAUGUCCAGUAUGCUAGCAUCACGUUUCACCAGCUCGAGCAAUUCUAGUUUAGAAAUCAGUAAUGAUGAUAAUAAUAGAAGUGUUGAAAAAAUAAUAGAGGAUGGAAGUUACCUUAAAAGGCAAGAGGAUAUCCGAAAACAGACACAAUCAACAGCAGAGACUGCUGCAAGGAUGAAUAUGUUUGGAACUCUUACUCGUUCUAAAACAGAAUUUUAUCCCAAUAGGCUUCUAUGUAAAAGAUUUAAUAUAGCAAAUCCGCAUCCAGAUCAUAAAAAAUAA